AUCUUUCUUCCACUCUUCCAUUCUAUAUUCAUUUUUAAUAACCUUGCUUAGGCGAUGUAAAGUAUCACUAAAUAUUAAAAUAUCAUACAUUUAAAUAUCGACUACAUUGGUCCAAUCAAUUUAAUCCCCCUCACACAUAACACAACUUUUAUAAAUUCCAUUUACAGGCCGGCCAUUUGCACUCGUUCUUCUUCUUCUUCUCCACAUGCCCCACAUAAACGUCGCGCUACAAGUGCACAACGUCUCACUUUCAUCCUUUACAACUUUUCUCUCUCCCUCAUUUCCAUCACAAUUUCAUCUACUCAAAAUAAAAUAAAAAUUGAGACUACAAAAGAUAAAACACCCAAAUAUAAACUGGCCCGUCUCCAUUUUCGUUCACAAAAUCUCGCUUUAUAUAGCUUAUACUCAUGUAAGUAUUUGCUUUAUAUUCAAGUCUACAUUUAUCACUGCUGCUUCUAACGACAAAUCUUUGUAGUUUGGGAUUUGUUAAAUUAUUAUCACAGAAUAUUACGUGAGGUAUCUUGGAUAUCUUUUAUUAAGCUAUUUACUUAUCCUAUUGUAUAGAACUAUAUACUAAUACUUUCUAGAUUAUUACUGCUGCUUAUAACUCUAUGUUGUUAGGAAUUUGUUCGCGGUUGACGAAGUCGUUUUCGACAAACUGUUUACUGUCUGAACUCACCAAUGUCGUCGCAUGAAUAUUCAGCGCCCUUUCGACUACUUUACUUGCUCUGCUUUUUUCUUCUCCAUGACAGCUAUGUUUCCUUAUUUUCUCCUUCACCACCGUACCACAGAAAAAAACUGUGAUUUUAAAAGCCACAUUUACUUCUUUUUUUGUUGGGUCUAAAUGUUAAAAUAACAUGUGUACUUUAAAAGGAAGAACAUGGCUUCAUCCGCUUCAUGACAUGUGAUCCUCAUCCUAUAUCAUCCUCAGAUUCUGGUUCUUGACUUUGUACAAACAACGGUGGCGGAGAAAACAGCAGAGCGUUCUAUUGCAGAAACAUGGGGAAGAUCUUGAAAACUAAGUCUUCUUGGCCAAGAACCGUCGUUAGGAAGUGGCUAAACUUACGUAGCAGCGCUUACGAGUUCCACUCCGAUUACCAAGUCAAAGGUGAGAGAUUGGCUCGUGCAGUAACGGAGCCAACUCAGCCGAGGAGAAAAAGUUGCUCUGACGGUGAUUACUAUAUGAUCGUACCGGGAAAGUAUCCAGGUUGGUUGGGCCAAGCAAAUGGGGAUUUAAAUCAAUCAAUGGGUGAACAUGUGGCACGUGUUGAUGACAAACUUGAUCUCAAAAUGUUCGUCGGGACAUGGAACGUGGGAGGGAAGUCGCCACAUGAUGGAUUAGACCUAAAAGAUUGGCUUAAAUCUCCCGCUGAUACCGACAUUUACGUGCUAGGGUUUCAAGAAAUCGUGCCGCUAAAUGCCGGUAACGUACUUGGAGCAGAGGAUAAUGGCCCUGCGGCUAAGUGGUUAUCUCUUAUCCGAGAAGCCUUGAACAACAACAACAACAUAUCGCACAAAGACCUCGAACUUUCUAUUAAUCACAGAACCUUCUUGGAACUUGCUAAAUCAUCACAACAGCCCCGUCACAGCUUCUCCAGUCUCCCGGAUGAUAACCCAUUUGCAUGCAAUUCGACUCCUCUUCGAGGCUAUUCCCUUGCAGCGAGUAAACAGAUGGUGGGGAUAUUUUUGUGUGUGUGGAUAAGAGAUGAUCUCCGGAAACGUAUUACCAACCUCAAGGUUUCAUGCGUUGGUCGUGGCAUCAUGGGAUACCUUGGAAACAAGGGCUCUAUAUCAAUCAGCAUGUCAUUGCAUGAGACGAGUCUAUGUUUUGUUUGUACGCAUCUUACGUCUGGAGAAAGAGAAGGCGACGAGAUCAGAAGGAACUUAGAUGUGACCGAGAUUAUAAAGAGGACCAGAUUUUCGCGUUCUUCUAAAGAUUUUCAACCCGAAUCAAUAAUGGACCAUGAUAAAGUAAUAUGGCUCGGAGAUUUGAAUUAUCGGCUAAGGGCCAGUAGUGACGUGCAUGAACAGCUUAAGAAUCAUGAUUGGGAAGCACUUCUUGAGAAAGAUCAGCUAAAGAUAGAACAAAGAGCUGGUAGAGUUUUUCAUGGAUGGGAAGAAGGAAAGAUUUAUUUCGCACCAACCUAUAAAUAUUUUAUAAACUCUGAUAAUUACGUUGUACAAACCGAAAAAUCAAAGGAAAAGCGCAGAACACCAGCUUGGUGUGAUCGAAUAUUGUGGAAAGGUGACGGGAUGAAACAAAUUUGGUACACGAGGGGAGAGUCGAGAUUCUCGGACCACAGACCGGUUCAAUCUUUAUUUUCAUUUCAUAUUGAUUUGACUCAGAAUCAAUCGAACCGGAAGACCAGACUGAUCCACCAAAACCAUCGUCCCAACCCGGUAUUGCCUUACACAUGCCACGGGAAAGUCCAUGCUGAAGAGAUCUUGUUACUCACACGUGCACAAAGUUGUAUAGUCACACAACCUAGACUUAUAUCGUCUGCUAUUCAUUAGUUUCUUUGUUUUUGUUUCUGUUACUUUUUGGAUGUUUUCAUGUUGGCAAAGAAGAUAUGACACAUGGA